AUGGUUCACCCGACUUCGACCUGCUGCAAGACCUCUGGGGACGGAAGCUGUGUCUGUGCUGCCCAGGCCAAGUGCUCGUGCGGCAAGGAAAACGCUCUUCACUGCACCUGCAACAAGGCCACCACGGAAAAUGCGAUUUCUGGUGCUCGAUGCUCAUGCCGCGCACGCCCUGCCGGACAAUGUACUUGCGAACGGGCAACGACUGAGAACCACCCGAUCACCGGCGAGGCCUGUCCUUGUGGAAAGAGACUCCCCACGUCGUGCACUUGUGAGAAGGCUAGUGCUGUCGAUGCAGCCGUCGAGGGCAUCGAGACAGAUUUCACCACCCGAACCUGA